UGCAGUGAGGUCUUUACUCUAAACGACAGUCAACUUAAGUGGAACUUAGAACCUAAAUAUAAAAUAAUUUUACCACUAUGAAUUGCUUAAAAAUAACCAAAAGUUCAUAGUUUUUGAACGAGGUACAUACCAAUGACAAAUUUUGAUUUUAAAAUUAAUUAUUUUUGGAUGACGAUUAAAGGAAGAUGUUCUCAUCAAUAUCCUAUGAUUGGUACAAUUGCAAAAUCUAUUGGAUAUUCUUACAUGAAAACUUAUUUGCGUGUUGAUAUCAUAUUCACAGUCCAAGAAAAGUCUCACUAAUCGUUUCUAUCUUCUAUAAAGGACAACUUAUCACUAAAUGAGUGUAAAUUCAACAGUUGUCUCUGUUCAAUAAAUUUGUCAGAUUUAGAUACCACAGAUAUCAAAGAACCAUUUUAACGAAAAUAAUGGAAUCAGAGUGCGCGUCGGAUCCACAAAUUUUUGAAAAAACACCACUGCAAGAAUGUGAUGAGUUGAUUGAUCCAUUUUGUAUGGAAGAUCAUCCCCUGACAAUAACUUUCGAGGACAUAACUUCUGCUGCCUUCAAAGUGAAAACUGGAGUGAUAAACACACCAUGCGUGCAAUCGAAGCUUUCGGCCCUGACUGGUAUGGAUCUUUAUUUAAAAAAGGAAUUUUUGCAAACCACAGGAAGUUUUAAAGAACGUGGAGCUCGAAAUGCCCUGUUGAAACUUUCCCAGGAACAAAUAGAAAAUGGAGUAAUUUCUGCAUCUUCGGGAAAUCAUGCAUUGGGCUUGUGCUACCAUGGAUCCCUAUUAGGAAUUCCAGUAACUGUAGUCAUGCCUGUCGUGGCACCUAUAAUGAAAAUUACUGCCUGUCGGCAAUAUGGAGCAACUGUAAUAGUUGAGGGUCUUGAUAUGAGUGAAGCCAAAAGAGUGGCUCUUAAAAACUCAAAGGAAAACGGACUAAUUUAUAUCAACGGGUACGACCAUCCGGAUAUAAUGGCAGGCCAAGGAACCUUGGGCUUGGAAAUCGUGGAACAAGUGCCGAAUAUUGAUGCAGUAGUUGUUCCUGUUGGAGGCGGUGGACUCAUAGCUGGAGUGGCAUUAGCCAUUAAAACUCUUCAUCCAUAUGUUUCUAUAAUUGGCGUGGAGUCUGAACGAUGUCCUAGUUUCUAUUUGGCUCGCGAAAAUGGAAGGCCAAUAUUCACAUCCAUUCACUCAACUUUGGCUGAUGGUUUAGCAGUUCCCAUGGUGGGAUAUAAUGCUUUUGCAACAGCUAAUCCCUUAAUCGACAAAUUGGUGGUUGUUAAAGAAGAGUGGAUAGCUAUAGCAAUUCUCAGAUUAGUCGAGAAUGAAAAGUGUAUUGUGGAAGGUGCUGGUGCUACAGGAUUGGCUGCCAUUCUUUCUGGACAACUUGAUGAACUAAAAGGAAAAAGAGUAGUUCUGCCACUUUGUGGUGGCAAUAUUGAUACAACCAUACUGGGCAGCUGUUUGGAGAGAGGUCUUGCAGCAGAUGGACGUCUUGUCAAGUUUUGCGUGCAAGUCUCCGACAGACCAGGAGGAAUUGGAGAGUUGUGUAAUCUUUUAGCCGGUAUUGGUGUCUCCAUAAAAGAUAUCAUACAUGAACGAGCUUGGAUUAUGUCCGAUAUUUUUAGCGUUGAUGUUAAAAUUGUUUGUGAAACAAGAGACAAAGAACAUGCCCAGCAGCUCAAGGAGGUUCUCCAUAAACACUACAGAAAGAUCAUUUUCGGAGUGGAAAAUCAUGCUUCUCUUCCGAUUUCACCUUGAACUGACACAUUUUCUAUUUAUAUAUGAGUUUUUAUUUAUUUUUAUUUUGUACACAAUUAUACUGUGAUUAUACAAGGUGUUACUGUGCUAUCGUCUUAGACUGUAAUAUAUGGAUAUUAAAUUAGUGAAGCCUGAAA